UGAUUUUGCUGCCAUCUUGGAGCUGAAUAAAGUUGAUCCCAGUCUCUUUUGUAGCUUCUGUCAAAUCGGAAGGUCUGAGAUCACUAAACAUUGAGACAUUUAAAUCGACACUUCCGACUCUUGUCACAUUUGGACCUAAGGAAACACAUAAACCUAAACCUUCAACCACCCUUUUAACACCAUCUGAGCUCAUAACGGCAUUAAAGCAAAAGGAUCCUGAAUGGAGGCCCACGGUUCAGCACGAUUGUCCAGGAAGAGAAAGAGAGAAGGUUCAAAUGGAGAGGCAGAGGAGGGCGAGAAACCCGUGAAGUUAAAACGAUGCACAGUGGGUCUGAAAUAUCCGGCUCCGUAUGCAGAUCAGCUCGAGUCAAUGGAAGAUAAGCCAUAUCAGCGUGUCACCAUGGAGGAAGCUCGCAGAGGCACUCCACCCGACAGGCCUGUACGGGUGUAUGCUGAUGGUAUCUUUGACAUGUUCCACUCAGGACAUGCCCGUGCUCUCAUGCAAGCUAAAUGCCUUUUUCCAAACACUCACCUUAUUGUUGGUGUGUGUAGCGAUGACCUGACACACAAGUUAAAGGGCUUCACAGUCAUGAACGAGGAUGAACGCUAUGAUGCGAUUAGUCAUUGCCGCUAUGUGGACGAGGUGGUCCGGAAUGCUCCGUGGACUCUCACGCCUGAGUUCCUCACCAAGCAUCGGAUUGACUUUGUGGCCCAUGAUGAUAUCCCAUAUUCCUCAGCUGACAGUGAUGAUGUUUACAAGCACAUUAAAGAAGCAGGAAUGUUUGCACCAACCCAACGAACAGAGGGCAUUUCCACUUCUGACAUCAUCACACGCAUUGUUCGAGAUUAUGAUGUGUACGUCAGACGGAAUCUACAACGCGGCUACACCGCAAAAGAGCUUAACGUCAGCUUUAUUAAUGAAAAGAAGUACAACCUUCAGGAGCGUGUGGACAAGGUGAAGAAGAAGGUGAAGGACGUAGAGGAGAAGAGUAAAGAGUUUGUGCAGAAGGUGGAGGAGAAGAGCAUCGACCUGAUCCAGAAAUGGGAAGAGAAGUCCCGUGAGUUCAUUGGCAACUUCCUGCAGAUGUUUGGACCAGAGGGAGCUUUGAAACACAUGCUAAAGGAAGGGAAAGGUCGAAUGCUUCAGGCCAUCAGUCCGAGGCAUAGUCCCAGCAGCAGUCCCACACGUGAGCGUUCCCCUUCUCCAACCUUCCGUCUGCCCUUCUUCACCAAGACCUCCCCACCCUCCUCCCCCUCCUCACAUCACAGCAGCGCCCUGUCCGGCUACACCUAUGCCGCCCGCAGACAGGCCAUCAGCGAAGACGAGGAGGAUGACGAAGAUUAGAGUGCCACAGCACACCAUGCAUCUGUCUUCCAAUACUGGCAAUCGAACCUCAGAAACGAAGCAAUCCUUAUACAAUCCCUCAGUUUCGCACUCCGUAUUAUAAACAGAUGUGAAGGUUUAAAAUGCAACAACGUGUAUAACGUAGUGACUGUGGAGGUUUUAAAAGUUGUUAUCAGCCAUGGGAUGUGAGUAUUCAAACUUCAGCGUCUUGUUUUGAAUCACGCAGGAUUGUUUUAGAAUGAGUGCACAUGGUAUUAAUGUUUCAGUUUUAGUGAUUUUAAUGUUCUUAUCAUAAUAUAUAAAAGUUAGACAUCUCAUAGGUCAUGUGUCUCUUGGAAUGGACGAGAUUGGCUUGUAACGUCGAAAACACUGCAACUCUUUCCGUAAGGAAUUGUAAGAUAAAUGCCUUUAUCUAUACAAAAGAGCUAAAAAAUAAUAAUAAUGAAAAUUGUUAUUUGUCCAUAUCGCAAGGCGCAUAAUCAGUGUUGUCAUGGUUUAUAGUUCUAAAAAAUGUAUUGAAUAGCUAAAAUACACCAAUAUUACCAAGGCACCUCAAGUAUGACUGAUAAGAAAAUGAGGUAGUAACUACCAUCAAUGCAUUAAGUAACUGUACCAUCAACAUAAUCGAGUCGGUCUCCCGACGCUCAGCUCACCUACUUGAAUUUGUUGUGCUUUAGUACAGGUCAUGAUUCCAAAUUUGAACUUUAUUUGAAAAAAAAAUAUAUGCUUAACAAAAAAAAAAAGGGUUUGAAAAAGUUUUGUUUUUACUGUAAUGAGAAAGUGAAGCAAAUCCCUGUUUUUAUGUAAUUUCAUCACCGCACAAUGCCGUUUCUCUGUCACUGUGAUUGUUCUCAUAGAGCUCUUGAAUCAUCCGAAGGCUAAGGCUAAAGGGCUUUUCCAAGUUCAGUGUUAGAUGAGCUUUGGACUCAAACUUGAUAAUUGCCCAAUUGGGUUCUGCAAAAUUAAUUGUGCACAUUUUGAAGUCAAACCAACUGAGCUGUCAAUAAUUAAGAAAUGAAACCACUUAAAAGGAAUAUUCUGGGUUAAAUACAAUAUCAACUCAAUAGUUGCUGUCCAGUAUGAUAGAAAAUGAUUUUGCCUCAAUGAACAAUGAAGCAAUCACUGAACUGUGUAAUUGUUUGUUUUUAUGGAGUCUAGAUCAUGACAUGCAGACAAAAAUACAUACAACAUGGCCACGAAUUGAGAGUUUGUUCUCUCAUUUUAGUAAACUGUUGCCACGUUGAACUAAUUUGAUCCCUUGUUUUAAUUUAACUAAAACAAUGAAACAAAUUACAACAUGGCCAUGAUUUACUAAAACAAGAGAACAAAUAAGUAAGUUGUUGAAAUGAUUUGUUAAUACCCCCCUCCAUUCUGUGGUGAAUGACAGCAUUACAUCUUAAUUUGUAUUUAACCCUUAACAUUACCUUUGAAUAGUUUUUUUUUUAUGUACAUCUAUGGAUAUGCAAUGGUCAGUUUUAGACAGUAUGUGUUUAAAUUGAGAUUGUACCACCAGUGAUUAUUUUUGUUGUCUCAUUUCAUAAUUUGACAAGAGGCAGAGGCUCAUCAAACUGCUGUCCAGACUUGCACUGAUUUCAGAAUUCAGUUAAUUUUUCUUCAUAGUUGAUGCUUCAGUUUCAUUGUAAUGUCUGUUUUCUCCUUUGCACAAAUUAAGUGAAUCUAGGAGAGAUUAUUAUUUUAUUAACUUGGCCUUCCUUUAUCCUGUCAGCCUUUGAUUGUACAGGAUGACAACAGAGACAGGAAGACAAAUAAAUAGUGUCUAAUGUAAAA